UGUGAGCCGGGUCUUGGUGCCAGCGUUAUGUAUGAUCUUUUAUAUAAUAAGCCCCAGAAGUUAAUGUUAUUAGCGGGCUGCAGCACAGUCUGUACCACAGUUGCCGAAGCCGCAAAAAUGUGGAAUUUAGUAGUAUUAUGUUAUGGUGCUUCAAGUCCUGCCUUAUCAGAUCGUAGUAGAUUUCCAACAUUAUUUCGUACUCAUCCAUCAGCCACCGUUCAUAACCCAACUAGAAUUAAGUUAAUGCAGAAAUUCGACUGGUCUAAGAUUGCGAUAUUGCAACAGGCCGAAGAAGUUUUUAUAUCAACUGUAGAAGAUUUAGAAAAUCGUUGUAAGGAAGCUGGAAUCGAAAUAGUUACAAGACAAUCAUUUUUAUCGGAUCCAACUGAUGCCGUACGGAAUUUACGGCGUCAAGAUGCUCGUAUUAUUGUUGGCCUUUUUUAUGUUGUCGCAGCACGUCGUGUGCUGUGUGAGAUGUACAAGCAGCAGCUUUACGGACGCUCAUAUGUUUGGUUCUUUAUUGGAUGGUAUGAAGACAACUGGUAUGAAGCAAAUCUUCAAAGUGAAAAUAUUUCAUGUUCAAAAGAUGAGAUGAGAAGGGCGGCUGAAGGACAUCUGACGACUGAAGCAUUGAUGUGGAAUCAAAAUAAUCAGAAAACAAUAUCCGGGAUGUCAUCAGAGGAUUUCAGGCAACGACUGAACAGAGAUCUUACGGAUAAAGGCUAUGAUAUUGCACAUAAUCGAUAUCCUGAAGGUUAUCAAGAAGCUCCACUUGCAUAUGACGCUGUAUGGAGUGUAGCAUUAGCCUUUAAUAAAACAAUGGAACGACUGAAAGUGAAAUCAAGAUCGCUCAAAGAUUUCACUUACACUGAUAAAGAUAUAGCUGAUGAAAUAUAUGCGGCUAUGAAUUCAACGCAAUUCUUGGGCGUAUCGGGAGUUGUGGCAUUCAGCUCACAGGGUGAUCGUAUAGCUCUAACUCAAAUCGAACAAAUGGUGGAUGGCCAAUAUUAUAAAUUAGGAUAUUACGAUACCCAAGCCGAUAAUUUAACAUGGUUCAAUAAUGAACAAUGGGUUGGCGGAAAGGUUCCUCAAGACCGCACCAUAGUACGAAGAGUACUAAGAACUGUUUCUUUGCCAUUAUUCAUCUGCAUGAGUACAAUUUCCAGUUGUGGAAUAUUAGUUGCAACAGCCUUAAUUGUGUUCAAUAUUUGGAAUCGACAUAGAAGGGUCAUUCAACAAUCGCAUCCAGUAUGCAAUACAAUAAUGUUGUUUGGUGUGAUAACAUGUCUGGUGUCGGUCAUUCUUCUGGGCAUUGACGGUCAAUUUGUGGAUCCAUGGACAUAUCCCAAAAUUUGCCAAGCGCGAGCAUGGAUCCUAUCAACAGGAUUUACGUUGGCAUUUGGAGCAAUGUUCAGUAAAGUGUGGCGUGUUCACAGGUUCACAACGAAGGCGAAAACAGAUCCCAAGAAAAAAGUUGAACCUUGGAAGCUUUAUACGAUGGUUUCGGGUUUACUGGCAGUCGACUUGGUGAUACUAUUAACAUGGCAAAUUCAAGAUCCACUCGAGCGUCGACUUGAAACGUUUCCUCUUGAGGAUCCCAUCUUAGCAAGUGACGACGUUAAAAUAAGACCCGAACUAGAACAUUGUGAAAGCAUCAACAACUCGGUGUGGUUAGGUGUUAUCUAUGGCUUCAAAGGUCUCAUCCUUGUAUUUGGAUUAUUUCUCGCAUAUGAGACACGAUCCAUAAAAGUCAAGCAGAUAAACGACUCUCGAUAUGUCGGGAUGAGUAUCUACAAUAUUGCUGUAUUGUGUUUAAUCACUGCACCGGUGGCUAUGGUGAUAGCAUCGCAACAGGAUGCUUCAUUCGCCUUUGUAGCGUUGGCUGUUAUCUUUUGUUGUUUUCUCAGUAUGCUUCUAAUCUUUGUGCCAAAAGUAAGUAAUAAACAUGUACUCGUUGAUAUUUGGAAUCUAUCGUUGGUAAUCGAAGUUAUACGACAUCCUCAUGAUAAAGCAGAAUCACGUUUCAAUACCGACACGGGGAUAUCGAAGGAAGAUGAGGAACGGUAUAAGAAAUUAGUUUUAGAGAAUGAGGAAUUACAGAAAUUGAUUGCUCAAAAGGAAGAUAAAAUCCGGAUAUUGAAACAACGAUUAGCUGAACGCGAUCAGCAAAAAAGUGACACGCAAUCAGGCUCUCAACUUCAACUUUCGCAACAGCAGACGAACGGAACCACGAUGAGCUCUUCAAAUCAAUUAGGAUUAAAUCAAGGUAAGGAUGGCGGCGUUCAAAUAAUUCUUCCUGAACCAAUAACCACGUCAGAUUUUGACAGUGCAUUUGGAAAUGGUGAACGUUUUUCCAUUUCCAUCUGUACUCGCUCAUCAGACAUU